UGAUUGAGUAGCGAGCGAGUGAUUCCCAGCAACAAUAACACCAAAGCCAUCCUAAUGAUUCACAUCUCCAUCAUUCAUUCCUGCAUCUCGUCAACUCCAUUCAUGAACUUUCGUACAAACAAACGUCAUACCUUCAUCUCCCAAUGUCCCGCCUUUGCACCAACCCAUCCUUAUUUCUUAUUCUCCUUUCCGGCACCACUUCCCUUCGUCGGAUCAUAAUAAGCGCAAUACUUAUAAUCCGGAGCCUUCUCGCCAUGUUCCUUGGCAUACGCUGCGACGUAGAUGAAAGCGGGACAAUGUGCGACUUUUGCGCAUUCUGCGCUGUCCGCGCUGUCUGCACUCUUUGCGCUCGAAGUAUCGUUUUUAAUUUCUUCGCACAUGUUGAUCUCUUUGUUUCUUUCUUGCUCGAUUUUCAAAUUUCAAGUUGAGAAAUUCUUUGUCGGUAUUUUCGUAGAUGACGUGACUUCAUGCUCAUGACUUGAAGUUGAAGAAAGGAAAGGGCUUCCUUCCACA